GCGCCAUCCGGUCCGUCAUUCACUCAAUCACUCCAUCCCGCCGCUCCUCAACCGCCGGUCAAUCCUAGCGACCCCGAACUCGCAAGCUGCCCAUCACAAAAGAGCCCAUAAAUAUCCUACCAUCUCCAUACAAUGUUGUGCCCCAGCCAAGUCAAUUUUUUCUGUUCCUCGCUCGGCUCCCUUUUCCUCGGCCUUCUCUCGCUGAGUUUCCCAGCUGAGGCUUCGGGACCCCCUUGAUACGUUUCAGCAGCCAUGGCUACUCGUGCCUACCCUCAGCACGAGAUCUCCGCAUUCCCCGAAAAGACAAUCAUUAAAAAUGUGCGGAGUGAUGAGUUCAGCAAUGAUACCGACCAAGAAAGCGAGAUCAUCAAAUACUGGGACGAUAAGGAAGAAGCCCGAGUUCGUCGGAAGAUUGACUUUAUUCUUUUACCUGUCCUUGGCCUCGCUUUUUUUGGUCUUCAAGUUGAUCGUGGCAAUAUUAGCGCUGCCUUGACCUCCACCAUCACGGAAGAUCUGCAUAUCAACACCAAUCAGAUCAAUGUCGGGACCCAGCUUUUGUCCGCAGGAAUCGUCGUCAGUGAGAUACCUUCGAAUAUCAUUCUGCAGCGUGUCGGUCCGCAAGUCUGGUUAUCGGCCCAGCUUGUUGCUUGGGGGGUUGUUGGGGUCUUCCAGGCCUUCGUCAAAUCAUAUCCCGCUUUCUUGGUCACCAGACUGCUGCUGGGAUUGCUUGAGGGUGGUUUCAUUCCUGGUGCUCUCUACUACCUCUCUCAGUGGUACAAGCGUCCCGAAACCAGUUUUCGUACAACUCUCUUCUUCUAUGGUCAGAUGUUUGCUGGUGCUACAUCUAGUCUAAUCUCUGCAGGGCUGUUGAAGCUUUCGGGGAGGGGUGGACUCGCGGGGUGGCAGUGGAUUUUUCUGAUUGAGGGUCUGAUCACCAUUUUCGCCGCUAUUCUUUUCAUUCUCUUCAUCCCCAAGAGAGCUGGUGAUGGUAGUCCUCUCGCCAGCAUGGGUCGCUGGAGUUACUUCACCGAGCGCGAAAAGCAGAUCAUCCGCGACCGAGUCCUACUCGACGACCCGCUGAAAGCCCGCGACAACAUUAAAAUCACCGGUCGCGAUAUCUGGGACACCAUACGCAAGCCCACCGUCAUCCAGCAUUUCAUGAUCACUCUCGUUUCGAUGUCCGCUUUCCAGGGCCUGAAUCAAUAUGCACCCAGCAUGAUCAAGUCGUUUGGCUUCAGUGCUGUCCGUGCCAACGCUCUGGCCAGUGUUGCUGUCUACGCGAGCAUUGUCUGGUUGACCAUUCUUGCGUGGCUAUCGGAUAAAACUGGCGUACGCGGACCAUUCGUCCUGUUGUGUAUCACUUGGAACGUCAUCUCUUAUGCCUGUCUUCGCACUGUUCCUGAUGAUGCUUCCCGCUGGCACAAGUACGCCGUCAUCACGAUUGCGAAUACCGUCUACGCCAGCAUGCAUGUUCUGAACAUCGCUUGGCUCGGGUUCAAUUGCAAGACACCUCAAGAGCGAAGCAUUGCCAUGGCGUUGAUCGUCAUGGCGGCCAACUGCGCUGGUAUCUCGGGCUCGCAGAUCUUUCGCACUUCGGACAAGCCGCUGUAUUACCAUGCGUUGACCGCUAUUACUGCCUUGGCGGGCGCCUCAUGGGUACAGACUCUGGUGUUGAUUCUAUGGUACGCAGUCACGCAGAAGCGCACUGGGAGAAAAGGAGCCGUUUAG